UAAAAACUACAAUCCCAUAAUUCCGUUCGCGGUGUAGCUUUCACCCCUGCUUCGCUCUUCUACACCCCUCUGUGCUUUGACAUCAGCUGUUCUGCCCACAGAACGGUGGCAUUCUGCUGGAAGAGACAGAAAAGCGCGCAUCCGUGGUACGAUGGUGCUUUUAAUAAUUGUCGCGGGCCUCGGAGUGGUGACGUUACUGGUGAUUUUAUUUGCACCACAUAUAAGAAAAUAUGCAGCAGGAGGAGUGUGCAUGUCCCCAGCUAGACUGGAUGGGAAGACAGUGCUCAUCACUGGGGCCAACACAGGGAUCGGGAAGGAGACUGCCCAGGACCUGGCAACGCGAGGGGCUCGGGUGAUCAUGGCCUGCCGAGAUGUGGACAAAGGAGAGGAGGCUGCGGCCAGCAUACGAGCUGCGUAUCCUGAAGCAAAAGUGGAGGUCCACGAGCUGGACCUGGCAGACACCUGUUCUAUAAGAGCCUUUGCACAGAAAUUCCUGAGAGAGGUCAACCAACUUCACAUCCUCAUCAACAACGCCGGGGUGAUGAUGUGCCCCUACACAAAAACUAUUGACGGCUUUGAGAUGCACAUCGGAGUCAAUCACCUGGGGCACUUCCUGUUGACGUCGCUGCUGAUCGGGCUGCUGAAGCGCAGCGCGCCGGCCCGGAUCGUGGUGGUCUCGUCUCUGGCUCACAACUUCGGCUGGAUUCGUUUCCAUGACCUCCACAGCCAGGGAAGCUACAACAGUGGACUGGCGUACUGCCAGAGUAAACUGGCCAACGUGCUCUUUGCCAGAGAGUUUGCGCGUAGACUCAAAGGUACCAAUGUGACCGUGAACUCGGUCCACCCGGGGACGGUGAACUCUGACCUGACCAGACACUCGACUCUCAUGACGAUAUUUUUCACCGUCUUCUCCACGUUCCUAAAAACCCCGCGGGAAGGAGCACAGACCAGCAUCUACUGUGCUGUGGCAGAGGAACUGCACUCCAUCUCUGGGAAACACUUCAGUGACUGCGCCCCCGCCUUCGUAGCCCCACAGGGACGAAAUGAGGAGACCGCGAGGAGACUGUGGGACGUCAGCUGUGAGCUUCUUGGUAUCGAGUGGGACUGAUUCAACUUUUAACCACCAUCUAUCUCAGUUCUCAGAGUCCUUAAGCUUUCUUUUAUCAUUCAUUUCAUUAUGGUUUUCAUGUUCUGUACUUUGAGCGUUUCUUACCUAGUAAGCAGUCAGGUAAUACUGUAAGAGGUACUAUAAUGUGAAGUUGCUUUUUUGUGUAAUAAUGCAGUAAUUACAUCAUAAUAACUUGAGUAUUUUGGGUGCUCCACAACAGCUCCUCAAACCAAAACCACUCAACUGUAUUAUCAUGUAACCACAAAUAACUUUUUGAGUCUAUAUUUUUGUGACACAAUGUAAAUACAGUGUAGGCAAAAAAGCAACUUGAUGUAUUGUAAUGCUGUAGGAUACUGUGAAGGGUUAAGCCAGGGUAAAUGACCAGCAUCUUUAUCAAAUAGUUUUUUAUUAUUAUUAUUUCUCCAGAAUUUGCAGCUUAAUUGCUUGACUUUUGUGCCAGCGUUUCUAAACAAUUGCAGGGGUUCUUACAGUGUUUCCAUCUUGAUGAAAAAUUAGUAAAAACUAAGCUCAGCGUCAGUCUGAGCCACGAUUACCGCUUGAAUUGCAUAAAUGUAUUUUGUGAUAAUUGUAGUCAAUGUAGGUUAUAAGAACGUUUUUUCUAUUUUAACCAAAUCAGACUCAGAAUCAUGUCGUUGCAUUAUCUGCAGAGAACUUUUUGCAUUGCCAGAAACGGCACAUUCCUGGAAGAACUAGAGUUUUACAUUCAUAAGGAUCUCCCCAGUCAUGUUUCCUUCUCAGCAUUCACAUGCAAGGUUGCCAAGAGUUUACAUUCUGUGUUUUAUACCAGUGAAACAUGCCUUUUACUACACUUACAUUCAUGUUAAGAGUUGAAUGUUUACAUUUGAUGUAAAUAAACGGAGAUAUUACUAUAAG